GGUGAGGGCUCUGGGUAGAACAGCGCUGUGCCUCUUCGGGCGAGGGGAGAUUGUCAGGUUUUGGUUACUCGUGGGCCUGCGGGGCGCUGAGGGGCUUUUCGCAAGAAUUGUGUUAAUUCCCAUUCAUGUGUUCAGAAAGGAGUGUUCCAAAGAACAUUUCUGAUGGCCCUCAUCAUCUGUCUACUGUGAAUGUCCAGUUUGUUCAGAUGCUCAAAACUAAAAGGUCAUGCAGAAACCCUGCUAGGCCCGUUUGCUAAUGCAUGGAGCUUCCUCUCGGUAGGCAGGUCACCAGUUGGAGCAACUCCUGAGCAGCAGUAUGGCCUUUUGUCGUGGUACAAAAUGUUAAGGGAAACUAAAAAGUUUAUUGGUAAAUCCCUUCAGGCAGCACGACCUGUGCAUCAUCUGUCUUCUAAACAAGAAUCAGCCAUUGUGUUAAACUUUCAGACUAAAUUACCUGGAAACACUGAAGUAUGUUUGCAGAGUAAGGUUGACUGGUUACCUGAAAUGACUGAAGUGAAGAUUUUAACUCAAACUAUGAUGCCCUGUCAACCAAACCAGCAUGAAUCAGAAGCAAAAAAAGAAUCAUACAAUACUUUUGAGUUGGAAGGGACCUUUACAGGUCAUCAAGUCUAACCUCAUUGCAAUGAGCAGGGACAUCUUCAACUAGAUCAGGUUGCUCAGGGCCCUGUCCAACCUGACCCUGAAUGUUCCUGCUCCAGUGCUGAUGGCUGCAGAGCUGGGCACAGUACCUUCAGAUGGGGUCUCAUGAAGAGGGGCAGAAUCACCUCCUUUGACCUGCUGGUCAUGCUUCUUUUCUUUUUAAUGCAGCCCAGAAUAUGUUUGGCUUUCUGGGCCAUGGGUGCACAUUGCUGUCUCAUGUCCAUUUUUUUUAUCCACCAGUAACCCCAAGUCCUUGGCAGGGUUGUUCUCAGUCCCUUCAUUCCCCAGCCUGUAUUGAUACCAGGGUUUUGUC